CCGCACACUUACACUACCCAGCAAUUUGAGUUGACGAGCUUCGCAAUUUUAGGGUUUUAUUUGGUCCGCUCUGCUCUCUAACGUGUAGGGCAGGAGGUUUCACACUCCUAUUGUUAACAAAUAUUAGCUUCCGAGCUGUGAUUUUGCACAGUAAAAUUAAAGAAAAAUGAGCACCACAGUACAGAGAACCCCCAAAUCUGGAAGGCAAUCGCUGUUUUUCCAUGAUUUGGCCACACCGGUUUCUGCUCGUAGAGGAGGAAGUGGAAAAUUCACAACUCCAGGUCAAGCUGCGGCUGUUUCAGCUCUAUGGCGUGAGAAUUUUGCCAAUUCCGAUCUUCCACCUCCGCCAGUGUUCACCCUCGAAGACCGCUCUGACUUCUCGCCGGAAUCUGGAAUUCUGGACUACCCGGUAUCACCAGAAGUCAAGUCGGACCCCAGAACGCCGGUGCAGAGCUCGGGCAGGGACUUUUUGACUCCGAAAAGCAAGUCUGAGGCAAGCACUUCGUAUGCUGUAAUGGGUUGGCAGCAGCAGAAUCAACAGGGGACUGUGCCUAGUUUGAGUUGGUGGUCACCAUCCAAGAGUGGUGGUCGUGGUGAGCAAGACGAUAAGGGGAAGGGUUCACCUGUCGAGGGAGUGGUUCAGCCUGGCGCUUUGAUCACACUUCCGCCCCCGAGGGAGGUUGCAAGGCCAGAGAUGCAGAGGAAUUCAUUGCCUGUUGGAAACCUUGAUGAAGAAGAAUGGGUUACUGUUUAUGGAUUUUCCCCAGGGGACACCAAUUUAGUUUUGCGGGAGUUUGAAAAAUGCGGUGUGAUUUUGAAACAUGUUCCAGGCCCAAGAGAUGCUAAUUGGAUGCACAUUCUGUAUCAGAGUCGAUCUGAUGCGCAGAAAGCUCUCAGCAGGAAUGGGAUGCAAAUAAAUGGAGUACUCAUCGUUGGAGUGAAGCCAGUGGAUCCAGUACAACGCCCGGCUCUGAACGAAAGGCUUAAUAAUAAAGGAUUCAUGACUUUACCUCUUUCACCACCCAAUAAAAGCAUAGAGCCCCACCCUUUGAGGGCCUCUCCUCACCCUUACUAUCUUCAAAAUGGUAGCAGCGGUGCUCGGCAUUCAGCUGGGACCAUUGCCACCCCUGCAAAGUCUAUGGUGUCCAAAAUCAUGGAUCUAAUGUUUGGCAUUUAGUUGAGCUUCCAAGUUCACAUUUUUUCUUCUGUAAUGUUCUCUUGAUCUUCUGUGGUGUGCUCUCUUUCAAGGAUGGCAAAUGUAUUAACUGCCCCUUCCGGCAAAAGACGUGAAAUUCAAAUACAACUGAGGGUCUCGGUAAAUCUUCCUUCUUUUCGAUAAUUUUUUUCCCCAUAAAUUGUGUCCAGUAGCUUGGACUGGUUGAUCAGAUACUUAAAAGUACUUGGUUUGUCAGAUUGAGAGAUGUGGCUUUCUUGUAGUUGUGGCUAUGGAUGUUGUAGUAGAGCAGAGUAUUAUUACUCAUACCAGAUUUGAAGAUGAUAAUUUUUCUUUUUAUGGUGGUUUGGAGGAGUAUAGAACAACUUCAAUUUUGUGCUCACUGUAUUGUUUAUAAUAGUUCAAUAUUAUCCUAUGUCUUGUGGA